AUGGCAAACCUCAAAAAAUUCGAGCGAGUAUUUCGCGAAGAAGUUCUCACCAAGAAAAAGAAUGGCGAAGACGCCCCAACUUGGGCAGACGUGAAACGACUUGUCAAGGAAAAGAAAUUAUUCAAUGAGGUGGAAAUGCAAGACUCAGACUUCAAAUCUCAAUUAAAAGAAACGGCCACCAAUAUCGCGUUAGAAAUAAUGUCAACUACUCAAGAUGAUAUAGUCGAUGAACCUCGUGUCGAGCGCAACACAAAGAAACGCAAACCUGAGUCUGCAAAGGGGGAGCGAAGUCCCAGCCCUAGGAAGAAAGUCAAGAAAGAAGAAUCAAAGACGGUUCAGAAGCGUCAAGUUAUUGAUAGUGACUCGGAUGUAGGGGAUAAGUCUCCAAAACUGGGGAGAAAACCGACCAAAGGCAAGAAAAAUCUACCAGCUGCAUCAGAAAGCGACACAGAGGGCCCUAACGUCCCACCGGAAUCUCCAGAGGUAAGAAAUAUAGUAGAUUUAAUGGUAUAUCCUAAUGUCACCCUUCACUCCAAUAAGGACCUUGGACAGACGUCGAAAGGCAUACCAGCGGCAGCCGUGGCUGAGAUGGACGACUCCGAUUUGUCCGUAUUGGAAGAUGGAUCGCCGGUCAAGAAUAAAGCAAGCAAGCCAAAGGGUAAAGGUAAAGAGAAGGAAAAGGUCAAGAAUAUUUCUAAGAAGGAGAAGGACACAAAGUCAAAAGCAAAGGAUGACAAAAAG